AUGAGAUUCCUCAUCGCACUUUAUCUCGUCACUUUUCUUCGAUUCACUUUCUCGAUCAAAUGUUGGAUGGACAGUACCAAUGGGAAGACUGUCUCCGAGCAAGCAAUUCAACAAUGUUGUGUAUGUGGAAACUCUUGUGUAUCGUUUCCCUCUAAUGGUAAAUACAUUUGGAGUUGUGGAUGUCUUGUGCAGAAGAGUGGGAUAACAAUGGACGCCUGUGAGAAUAGAGGCGAUUUGAGGUUUGAAUGUUGUACGGACGAUCUCUGCAAUACAAUUCGAAAAGCUGAUCGCGGAAGAGAUGAGAUCCCUUCUCUUUUGGCUCAAAGCUUUGCAAAAAUGCUUCGUCAU